GACGGCGUAACCAAACCCAAGUCAGGUAGCGGGAAGAGGAGUGGGGGAGACGGAGAUGAAGAGGAGUCAGAGCUGAUCCAAGGCUCCAGUGAUGAAGAGGAGGGGGAUGAUAAUGACCUGGUCUCCGUGUCCUCCACCCCGCCCAUGAAACCGGUCAUCACCGACAGAAACUAUUUCCACCUGCCUUACUUUGAGAGGAAGCCGUGUAUUUAUAUCAAGAGCUGGUGGCAGGACCAGAGAAGAAGACUGUACAACGCCAACAUCAUGGACAACAUCGCAGAUAAACUGGAGGAGGGUCUGAACGAUGUUCAGGAGGUCAUUAAGACAGAGAAGGCCUAUCCGGAACGCAGACUGAGAGGGGUCCUGGAGGAUCUCGGCAACGGAUGCAGUCAAUUUCUGACUCUGGCUAACAAAGACCAGAAUCAGACUGGGAGGACCAAGCUGGACAAGGAGAGACUCAAGUCCUGCAUGAGGGAACUGGAGAGCAUAGGUCAGCAGGCUAAGACCAUCAGGACGCAGGUGAAAAAGAACACAGUGAGAGAUAAGAUCAAGCUGGUUCAGAACUUCCUCCAAAAGCUCAGGUUCCUCGCUGAUGAGCCGCAGCACAGCAUCCCGGACAUCUACAUCUGGAUGAUGAGUAACAACAAGCGUAUUGCCUACGCCCGUGUCCCCUCCAAAGACAUCCUGUACUCCGGGGUGGACGAGGAGACCGGGAAGGACUGUGGCAAAGUCAAAACCAUCUUCUUCAAGCUACCUGGUAAGAAGGGCUUUGGGGCAGCUGGCUGGACAGUGCAGGCUAAGACAGAGAUCUACCUGUGGCUGGGUCUGAACCGUCAGAGGAAGGACUUCCUGUCUGGGCUGCCCAACGGCUUCGAGGAGAACAAGAUGCUGAAAGGACCUGGCUCGCAGUCUGCUCCCCCCAUCAGCCUCACAUACACGAUGAAGCAGAUCUUCCAGCUGAGGGUCCAUAUGUACCAGGCUCGCAGCCUGUUUGCAGCAGACAGCAGCGGCCUCUCAGACCCCUUCGCCAGGGUCUUCUUCUCCACACACAGCCAGGUCACAGAGGUGCUGAAUGAGACACUGUGCCCCACCUGGGACCAGCUGAUGGUGUAUGACAACGUAGAACUGUUCGGAGAAGUCGGAGAACUGAGGGACGACCCGCCUAUCAUCGUCAUAGAAAUCUAUGACCAGGACACGGUGGGCAAAGCAGAGUUCAUGGGCAGGACCUUCGCCAAGCCUAUAACCAAGAUGGCGGAUGAACACUACGGACCUCCACGUUUCCCUCCCCAGCUAGAGUACUAUCAGAUCUAUAGGGGGAACUGCGCCGCUGGAGAAAUGCUGGCGGCCUUCGAACUGCUGCAGAUUGGUCCUCAUGGUAAAGCUGACCUGCCACCCAUCGACGGUCCCACAGACAUGGACCGUGGUCCCAUCCUACCUGUCCCUCUGGGCAUCAGACCAGUCCUCAGCAAGUACAGGAUCGAGGUGCUGUUCUGGGGCCUGAGGGACCUGAAGAGGGUCAACCUAGUCGCGGUGGACAGGCCUCGUGUGGACAUAGAAUGUGCCGGUAAAGGAGUCCAGUCUUCCCUCAUCCAGAACUACAAGAAAAAUCCCAACUUCGGCACCCUGGUUAAGAUGUUUGAGGUGGAUCUGCCUGAGAACGAGCUGCUCCACCCUCCCCUGAACAUCAGAGUGGUGGACUGCAGAGCUUUCGGUCGUUACACCCUGGUGGGGAACCAUGCUGUCACCACCCUACGCAAGUUCAUUUACCGGGCAGCAGACAAGCACGCCAACAACUUGAACACUCAAGAGGAAAUCAUUGUCAACUAUGAGCCAGAGCCCACCAUCAAGAAGAUGGAGACCAUGGUCAAGCUGGACUCUGGGUCUGAUGCUGUGGUUAAAAUCGAGGAGGAUGAGAAAGGAGGGAAGAAGAAGAAAAGGAAGAAGGGAGGAGAUGAGGUGGAGGAGGAGGAGUUUGAUGAAAGCAUGUUGGAUUGGUGGUCCAAGUACUUUGCUUCGAUCGAAACUCUGAUGGAGAUUCUCAAGGCUCAGGAGGCAGCUAUGGCGGAUGCUGAGGAGAAAGAGGACCAGGAUAUUGCUGCUGAGGGCGGAGAGAUCAAACCUGAUGACUCUCUUGUCAAAGGAAAGAGAGGCAAGGGAAAAAAGGAGAAGAAGAGGGCUGGGCCUGGAGACAUACCAGAGAAGAAAAAGCACAACAUUGAUGAGCUACAGGUGUACCCCAAGGAGCUGGAGAAUGAGUUUGAUAACUUUGAAGACUGGCUUCACACCUUCAACCUGUUCAGAGGGAAGGCCGGAGACGACGACGACCAGAACAUGGCGGAUGAAGACAGGAUUAUUGGCAAAUUCAAAGGUUCUCUGUGCAUGUACAAAGUGCCGGUGUCAGAUGAGAUGCAGCGGGAGAUGGGCUUUGACUCCAACAUGGGCAUGUUCCAGAACAUUCCAACUAAUGACCCAAUCAACGUCCUAGUCCGGGUCUAUAUCAUCAGGGCUACUGACCUGCACCCAGCGGAUAUCAAUGGAAAAGCAGAUCCAUACAUCGCUAUAAAACUGGGCAAGUCAGAUAUCAAAGACAAAGAUAACUACAUCUCCAAACAACUCAACCCUAUCUUUGGCAAAUCCUUUGACAUCGAGGCCACAUUUCCCAUCGACUCCACACUAACAGUGUCCGUCUAUGACUGGGAUUUAGUGGGCACUGACGACCUGAUUGGGGAGACUAAACUGGAUCUGGAGAACCGUUACUACAGCAAACACAGAGCAAUAUGUGGCAUCCCAUCUAAAUAUGCCAUCCAUGGAUACAACGUGUGGCGGGACCCCCUGAAGCCGACCCAAAUCCUGGCCAAGCUGUGUAAGGAGGGUAAGCUGGACGGGCCACACUACGGCCCUGGAGGACGGGUCAAGGUGGCCAACCGGGUCUUCAUGGGCCCAACUGAGAUCGAAGAUGAAAAUGGUCUGAAGAAGCAGACGGAUGAGCACCUGGCCCUGACAGUGCUGAAGCACUGGGAGGACAUCCCCAGGUUGGGCUGUAAACUGAUUCCAGAACAUGUGGAGACCAGGCCACUCCUCAAUCCUGACAAGCCUGGGAUCGAACAGGGGAGGAUUGAGAUGUGGGUGGACAUGUUCCCCAAGGAUAUGCCUGCACCUGGACCUGCCAUUGAUAUUUCACCCAGGAAACCAAAGAAGUUUGAACUGAGGGUGAUCAUCUGGAACACAGACGAGGUCAUUCUGGAGGAUGAUGACAUCUUCACUGGAGAAAAGUCUAGUGAUAUCUUCGUGCGAGGCUGGCUGAAAGGUCAGCAGGAGGACAAGCAGGACACAGACGUCCACUACCACUCCCUGACAGGGGAGGGUCUCUUCAACUGGCGCUUCAUCUACCCCUUUGACUACUUGCAGGCCGAGGAGAAGAUCGUCAUCUCUAAGAAGGAGUCCAUGUUCGCCUGGGACGAGACUGAGUAUAAGAUCCCUGCUCGACUCAACUUACAAGUCUGGGAUGCUGAUCACUUCUCUGCAGAUGAUUUUUUAGGCGCCAUUGAGCUAGACCUGAACCGUUUCCCUCGUGGAGCGAAGACAGCCAAGCAGUGUUCCAUCAACAUGGUGCUGAAUGAAAAGGACAUUCCCAUGGUGUCCAUCUUCAAACAGAUGAGGAUCAAGGGCUGGUGGCCCUUCCUGGCCAGAGAUGAGAACGAUGAGUUUGAACUCACGGGGAAAGUGGAAGCCGAGCUGCAGCUGAUGACUGCAGAGGAGGCUGAGAAGAACCCAGUGGGGGAAGGACGCAAUGAACCUGAGCCCCUGGAGAAACCCAACCGACCAGACACAGCCUUCCUAUGGUUCCUCAUGCCUUUCAAAGCCAUCAAAAACCUCAUCUGCAACCAGUACUUCUGGCUCACGGUCAAGUUAGUGGUGGCCCUGCUGCUGGUGCUCGUCCUGGGCCUCUUCAUCUACAGCAUGCCCGGAUACAUGGCCAAGAAACUAAUGGGUGUCUGAGGAGUGGAAAUUAAUAAACGGGAUAGUUCAGCGAUUUAACAUGUAUUUAGAUAUUUGUUGCCUUACCUUGAAAGAAGUUGACAAGGUGGGACUGCAAUACCCACUUUAAGAAAAGACGACUUAACAACUUCUCAACUCAGUGCUAUAUUCGAGGACUUGUUUUCCCUAACAAGCGUCUCCUCUUCUCGUGGAGUCACAUGUUUUUGCCAUGUGACAAGACAAUCGCACACACACACACACACACCAUGUAUCGGAAAUGAAAGUAACAAAACCACGUCCAAGUAGAAAUAUAAUAUAAGAAAUCAGAUUGAUGAUGUAUUAUAUAUACACACGUCCCUUUCAAGGACCAGUUCAACGACAUAAAGUAGAAAACAUUUUUAAUAUUGUGGUGUUGCGGAACACUUCAAUGUACAAAAUCAACUGUUCGGUUUGCAAAUCAGAUUUUGUUCUCGCUUGAAGUCACGUUGUAUUAGCCUUGGUUUGGCAUGGAAUGACUGUUCUUCGGCUGUUUACAUGAAUGUGUAUUUGAAUGUCUUUGUUCAACAGCGUGCAGCAAGUAGUACAUUAUGUAUGCUCUGUUGUUUGUGAA